AUGACGGGCCCCGCGCCGCACCCCCACUUCCGCCCUCUAGCCCCGCCCCUUCCGCCCUCCGGCCACGCCCCUUCCGCCCGCCCCUGCAGCGCCCCUGCCGGUCGGAGGCCGCCUCCAGCCGUUCGUCUUCUCCCCCCCCGCCCCCGAACGCCUCCCCAGAAGCCUCUGGGGGCUGCCGCCGAAACCGGCCGGAAACAGCCGAGCCCGGCCGAGCGCAGCCGGAAACAACCGAGCCCGGCCGAGAACCGCCGAGCCCGCCACAGCCGCCACCCCCGGCCCCCGACUCUGACCUCCCUACGGAGCCCUGGGAUGGUGGGAGGUGAGGAGAAGGACAGAGGACCCCUGAAUCCGGCCCUACGCCGCAGCCAAGUCCUGGCCAACUCCAGGCCCCACCAGGCCCCCCAGUCCAGGCUCUGCCCCCGCUCCCCGGCCCAGGCGUCCGGCUGCCGAGGCCCCUGCCCGCCUCGCUGCCCGCAGCUCGGGGAGCCCGCCAGCAGCCGCCUGCUCUACACCCUGCUGCACGUCGGAGCUUCGGCCGCCUGCUGCGUCCUGCUGUCCGGCUCCUCGCUGGACGCUCUGGCCGAGAAGGUGCCGCUGCCCCGGGGCCUGUGUGCCCGCCUGUGCCACCACCCGGACUGUGCGGCCCUGCGCGGCCCAGGGGCCGUGUACCGCGUGUGCGCCGGAAGCGCCACCUUCUACCUGCUGCAGGCCACCCUGCUCCUCCACGUGCGCUCCCCGCACAGCACCCGCGCCCGCCUGCACCACGGGUUCUGGUUCCUGAAGUUCCUGCUCCUGCUGGGCCUCUGCGGGGCAGCUUUCUGGAUCCCGGACGAACACCUUUUCCCAGCCUGGCACUACGUGGGCAUCGGAGGUGGCUUCGCCUUUAUUCUGCUGCAACUGGUGCUCAUCACGGCUUUUGCCCACAGCUGGGACCGUAAUUGGAUGACAGGGGCAGCCCAGGACAGACACUGGCUGGUGGCAGUGCUGCUGGCCACACUGGCUUUCUACUGCGCGGCGGGGGCGGGCGCCGGGCUGCUCUUCCGACACUACACCCACCCGGCCGGCUGCCUGCUCAACAAAGCCCUGCUGGGCCUGCACCUCGGCCUCUGCGGCCUGCUCUCCUGCCUCUCGCUGGCCCCCUUCACCCGGCGCGGGCAGCCUCGCUCUAGCCCUCUGCAGGCCUCCAUCAUCAGCUGCUACAUCAUGUAUUUGACCUUCUCGGCCCUGUCCAGCCGACCCCCAGAGCAGGUCCUGCUCGGGGGGCAGAACCGGACCAUGUGCCUGCCCAGCUGGGAUGCCCCGGGACAACAAGCGCCGGGCACCUCUCUGGCCGUGCUGAGCGCCGGCAUCAUGUACACCUGCGUGCUCAUCGCCUGUAACGAGGCCUCCUACCUGGCAGAGGUGUUCGGGCCCCUGUGGAUGGUCAAAGUUUACAGCUAUGAACUCCAGAAACCAUCUCUAUGCUUCUGCUGCCCUGAGCGGGCGAACCUGGAGGAGGGAGGGCCUCCCGGGGGAGAGGAGGGACCGCCACCGGGGCCUUCCGACAAGGCCCAGCGACUUCCCUACAGCUACUCGGCCUUCCACUUCGUCUUCUUCCUGGCCUCCCUCUACGUCAUGGUCUCCCUCACCGACUGGUUCAGUUACGAGGGGGCGGAAAUGGACGCCAACUUCGUGAAGGGCAGCUGGGCCACGUUCUGGGUCAAGGUGGCCUCAUGCUGGGCCUGCAUCCUGCUCUACCUGGGCCUGCUGCUGGCUCCGCUCUGCAGGCCACCGGCCCGACCCCCGCAUCCCCGCCGCCGUCUCCGCCACCGUCGCCUUCACCCGGUUUCUGCCUAACUGCCGCCUUCCGCCCCGGGGAGAGGUGGUGCCGGGGGUCCUGGGGGGCCCAGCCCCCUCGCAGGGUCUCCCGUUAAUCUCAGCCCCUCCGUCACUCUGACCCCCAGCUCCAGCCCCGGCUUCCGGAAAGAUUAAACCACCACCGGCGGAGGCUCUGGGCCCUUACUGCCCCCCACCAGAGCUGCCCAUCUACCCCGACUCCCGUCCCUGGUCUAGCACAGAGCGGGAGGGGAAGAGAAGGGAUGGGAGAGUGGGGCUGGGGCUCAUCCUUCCCUGAGGAGGGAGGCGGGGUAGCCCUGAGACCACUCAGGGUGAAGCCUGGCUUCUGGGGCAGCGGGA